AUGGCUUGGGCAUGGACGGAGACGCUAGCAGUGUCGACAGAAGACAGGCCGAAAAUUCCUCCGGUGCAAUCAUUCAAGCCACCUGUCGACGCAAAGGUGCGUGAGGAUCCACGACACCUGCACAAUGCGAGCAAACCAGGUGGAAGGAACGAAGCAGAUCGUUGGGUCAAGUUUGCAGCGGCGGCAUUCCAGCAAGCAGGCAUUCGCCGCGGAGACGCCGAACAGCUUGCCUUCGAGGAUGGCUUUGGCAACUUCGACGAAACUCCCGCACGUGUGUGGACCGUGCCAACCCGAAAGGUCGGCACUGGCGAAGUUUUCUCAGGGCCCAGGGUAUCUUGUGUACUUGUGUUAUAA